GAUAUGUUAAAUGAUGCUGCAUCAUUGUACGAAGAAUUAGUUUUACGUCAGACAAAACAGGCUACUGGAGGCUAUAUACCUACUGUUAUUAUGACCGAUGCUGAUCCGGCUUUGGAUCUUGCAAUCUCUGAGGAGUAUGAACAAUCUUAUGCCAUAUAUUGUAUAUUCCAUAUAUCACAAAACCUUCCUCGAAAUCUCGAGGCUAAGUUGG